UUUAAACCUUGGCUUUCCACCCACCCAAAAAAAAAAACAGAGGAAAACAGAGCAAGUGAUCAAUGAGACCCUCCUUCGCGUCAGUUCUUGCCCUCUUAAUCUUCUUCAUUUUAGUCUCCCAGCCUCGCUUUGCCCGUUCUCGAGCUCUCCUAAUAUUUCACGACCAUGCAAAUAAUGAAGUUCCUGCUGCAGCUGGUUACUCUGCCUCUGCCACCACCACCACUGCUACUGCCACUAACUCUGUCGCCAGAGCAUCGGAGACGGUGAAGGAUCCUGACGGCAGAGGAGGGGGUGAUCAAGAUCCGGCGACGGCGGUUGUGAACAGUAACUUGGCAUCUGGGCCGAGCAGGAAAGGUGAAGGACACUGAUGAGUUUCCAUUUUCCAAGUGGGACGUCUUAUGUUUAUCAGGAGGGGUUAUACCUGUACACUAUACUGUACAUUUGUUGGUUAUUUAUUUAUUUAUAUGUGCUAGGACUCAUAGCAUAGGCAAUAGUGUUAGGAGGAUAUUAGUAUGACUAAUUAGAUCGGGCCGGGGAGCCAAGAAGAGGAAGGAGAAUUGGAUGGUGGAGUUCAUAUUCUUAAUAUUUGGUAGCAGAAGACAGAAGUUGAUGAUGUGUUACUAAGGAUUGUGAACAUAUUCUAACUAUUUUGCGUAAUGAUAGAAGUAGUGGUACCAAAUUGUUUCCACCUUAUCCUCCCACAAGAAGAGCUUUUCCAUCCUAAUUGGAAUCAUAAUUGCAAAUUCUCGCCUAUAAAAUUCUUGAGGAUGC